UUUACACUCAAAAAUAAGUACUAAUUCGAUUGUCCUUGGAUACUUCAAUGCUAAUUGUUUAUCGCAGUCUUGUUUCAGAGGGACUUGCGUAGUUAAGGUUUUAAGUAUUAUCUAGUUGAAAUGGUGAAGUAUUUCGAAACUACGUCUGUGUUCCGUUUUAGUUGGGAUCAAGUUGCUCAAGGAUUCUGGAAACGUUAUCCAAAUCCUCACAGCAACCAUGUCUUGUCUGAAGACACCAUAUUUCGAGAAAUACGAGGAAACAAACUAUUUACCAAGCGCCUGCUCACCAAGACCAACAGGGUUCCAAAGUGGGGAGAGCAUUUCGUUAAUGCCCGCACUGUUAAGAUUGUUGAGGAGUCUAUCACAGAUCCAAAGGAGAAAGUUCUAAUUACAUAUACAAGGAAUAUUGGUUAUGUUAGAGUAAUGGUAAUUGGUCUUUUAUAUAUUUUGAUUU